UGAUUUGUAAAUUAAAGAACAACUACAUUCAGUCCAUGUGAUUCAUUUCACGGCUAUUGAAAACGCAGUGCUUAAAGGACAUUUCCCAAUUCACAAUACCAGGAAGUCCAUGUUUAUCUUGGUGCGUUUUUGAAUAAUGUGUUUUUCAUUGAAUAACUACAUUUCCCAUGAAGCUUGGCGCUGUCACUUGACGGCUUCACAUGAUACACACAUCAACAAAUCCCUGUGCAGUGUCGUGGAAAACAAGUUAAACCACUAACCGCUUCCCGCAAAUAAAGUUAAUGUCCGUACGGAAGGAAAAGCGCUGUUACAGGUGGGCUGGAGUUGGAAGUUUCUAACCAUAUGUUUUUAAUUUACUCUUCAUAAAUAGAUCGAGUAGUUAUGUCAGUCAUGGAUCCUGUUGCUGAUAAAAAGCUGUCUGGACUGGUUGCAGCUACUUUUACUCCAUUCACCACUGAGGGCAGGGAGAUCAACCUGUCAGAAAUUGGACCUUAUGUCGACUAUCUGACAGAGAAGCAACAUGUAAAAAACAUAUUUGUGAAUGGCACCACAGGAGAGAGCAUGUCUCUCAGUGUUGCAGAGAGAAAGAGCCUCGCAGAGGAGUGGUGUCAGAGAGCCAAGGGCAAACUGGAUCAGGUGAUUGUGCAUGUCGGCUGCAUGAGCCUUAAAGAUUCCCAAGAACUGGCUCUCCACGCAGCACAGGUCGGGGCUGAUGGGAUAGCAGUCAUUGCGCCCUCCUUCUUCAAACCCAGCGGUGCAAAUGCGUUGAAGAUGUUCCUCCAGGAAGUGGCUAAAGUUGCCCCGACUCUGCCCUUCUAUUAUUAUCACAUUCCAGCUGUCACCGGCGUCAACGUGCUGGCGAGAGAUGUGCUGGAAGAUAUUGAGAAGCUCAUUCCCUCCUUCAGAGGUGUGAAGUUCAGCGGGACUGACCUGAUGGACUUCGGCCAGUGUGUCAGCUCCGGUCAGCCUCACUGGUCGAUCCUCUACGGCGUGGACGAGCAACUGCUUGCAGCUCUGGCUUUGGGAGCCCAAGGAGCGGUUGGCAGCACAUAUAACUAUCUAGGAUGCCAUGUCAACAAGCUCACUUCAGCAUUUGAGGAGGGCGACCUUGUCCGAGCCAGAACUAUACAGUUCAAGAUGCAAGAGCUUCUCACUUAUGCCAUAAAACAUGGCUUCAACCUGGGUGUGAACAAGCAGCUGAUGAUUGAGGUGUCAGGCUUGCGCCUUGGGCCCCCUCGACUCCCCGUGAUGACAUGUCCUCCUUCUCAGGCUCUGCCCAUCGUACAGAAAUAUCACAGCCUUUUUCCCAAAUGCUGAUAUGUUCUCACUGGUUUGAGACAUUUAGCGCUCACCUGAAUCCUGUUACUAAUGCCUCAGACGCACGGCGACUGUGCUGGAUCCAGCUACUGUGUGUGUGUGUCUUGUUAUGCUACUGAACCCACUAUUCAGAAUCAAAUGUUAAAACUUUGCAUCUAACCUCACCGUUAAAAAGGACGGGAAUAAACUGUGUUUCUAUUUUUUCAGCUAAAUGCUUCAAGUGGCCUUGUGCACAUAGUUCCAGGUGCACAGUCAGACAACCACUGUGUUUUCCUGUGGAGACUCAGACACAUUCAGGUAGCACAGGGCAUCACAAGGGCAUCUUCGCUUGAUUAAAGGUUCAAGAACAUUUUUAUGGGAAUUCUCAGUUGACAUCUUUUCUCAUGAGUCAGUGCUUCCCUUCGUUGGGGACAAAUCCAGUAUGUUAGCCCUGGAUUGUAAUCUCAGUGUUUAUCAUGAAAUGUGAAAAUAGCUAACUUUUGUUACCAUUUUGUUGCAUUUAGGGAUCCGGGGACUGUCACAAAUCAGCAGUACUGUCUUAUUAUCCUGUAUUAUAUAUGAGCAUGGCUGAAUCUCGUUUUAGGAAUCGUUAGUAGAAUGGUUUGCCUCUUUCCAUAUUUGCCACCGGCAAAAUAAAAGUUCAGUAUUUUUGCUUGUUUUUCUACAUUGAAAAAUGCCAGUUAUGGAAAAACCCCAACCUCGAGAUGAGCCUAUCAGAGGGAGGAUGACUGAGACAGAGGGGGGCAUUGAUUUUAACGCUGCUUUUAGUGUCUGACACUCCAGAAAAAUUUUUUACAAGGGAACAUAAAACACUCGCACAUGUGAUUCUGCCCUUGUUUUGAGUUAAAAUGUUACAUUGCUUUUAAAUGUAUAAUUGCUGAAUUGCUUAUAAAAGGGAAAUGUACUGUUUAAGUAAGAAUCUUUGUAUUGUUUCUGAACUUAAUCACUAAUUUGUUACUAAUAAAUGCACUGAUGAAUUUGUUGAUUCA